CAGCCCCCCAACAUCGCAGCUUUUCACGACUGAAUGACGGGUUUCUCUUGUUUGCCUACUCUCUCCUACGGGCCAUCCGACUACCGCGCGCCUUGUCGAUGGCCGAUUGACUCGGUGCUUAUUCCGACUCUUUCUCGCGCCGUGACCUGAAUCCUCUGGUGCCUGCGCCGCCAUCAUGGGCAAUGUCGCCAGUCGUCUCGAUGACGCUGGGAACUUGUUCUUCAAGGACCAGAAUCGCUUGUCCAUCGCCGCCGUCACCAUAAGCAACUCCCGCCGCCGCUUGCUGACGCUAUCCCCGAAUGCGUUCCCUGCGGCCAGAUUUAUUGCAAAGAGGGAACCUGGCGACGAGACGCCGAUCGAAUAUAUCCAGGAUCCUGAUCUCCCCCCAACAGCCCCACUCCCGACGUUCCUGCUGCGCCUAUCGAAUGAUGAUGAGCUCAUCUUCAACUUCACCUUCAUUCUCCGCCAGACACAGACCGGAAAUGUCGCCGGUUCCACCGUUAAUGGCGUUUCGACAUCGCUACCCGAGGUGGUGGACACCAACCUUACAGGGCUCACGUUUGCCCACGCGUCCAACUCGAAAGAACUGGAUAACCUGAUCACAAGGGAGUUCCACGCGAACCCAAACUUGCAGAAUAAUUCCAACGUCCAGCUCAUCGGAAAUUACUCCACCGAAGGUUCGCCCUCUGUGUCUUUCGAAUGGUGCUGGAGAUGGAAGCCUCCAAAAGCCACAGAAGACAAAGGAGGUGGCUGGCGGAACAGCUGCAGCUUCUUGGACUACGAUCAGAAAACGAAUCGCCUUAAUACCCUUGCGCAUUUCUCCUUCUGGGUACAUAAUUCCGUUCGCCCACUACCCAGCCCGCUUCUCUCCUCACCCAACCUAGAGUUGCCCGUGCUGCCCUCACGGAGCCGCGUCCCCUCGACUCAGUCCGCCAUUUCGCAUUUCAGCGACAGCGAUGCUGUUUCAACGUCGAAUUUUCCAGUCACCACUCCCCCCGAAUCCGCAGACGGACCUCCUUCACUCCCACCACCACCCGUUCCAGCCUUACCCCCGCCCCCACCUCCCGUGAAAGUCGAUCUGUUGCAUUCUCGCCCGGGAGAUGAUGUGAGCGUCGCGGAGGAUGGCCCGCUCUUCCGUGCCACGAUGAAAGCGUUGGAGCAGAAGACAGGGAGCAUGCGGGCGAAAAUAAAGAAGGUCCUUAAAAAGGCCGAGGCUGCACAGCAAGCACAAGUGGCCUGCAACGAGUCUAUGGAGGCGUUCCUGGGCUCUCUGAACGAUGCAUCGACAUCAAAUGCCCACGCGAUCCAGCCGGCGUUGGAUCAUUACUUCGAGAAGAUCGCUCGUCAGAUCCAGAACUACGAGCUGACCAACACGGUACAAUUGCAGAAGCUGGUUAUUGACCCGCUCAUCAAGCUCUACAAUAACGACAUCAAACAAGCCGAGUCUAAAAAGAAGGACUUUGAUGAGGAGAGCCGCGACUACUAUGCCUAUGUCAGCCGAUACCUCGGCCAACGGCAAGACUCUCUCAAGGAGAAGAAACGCGCAGAAAGUGACUCAAAAUAUCAGGCUAAGCGUCGGAACUUCGAGCUCAAGCGCUUUGAUUAUUCUUCCUUCAUGCAAGAUCUGCACGGCGGCCGCAAGGAACAAGAGGUCCUUUCGCAUCUGACUAAGUAUGCAGACUUCCAGGCACAAGCUUUCUUGGCAGCUGCCAAGAAAGUUGAAGAAAUGGCUCCUCAAUUAAAUGCCCUCGUGCAUGAGGUCAACCAAGCGGACAAGGAGUUCCAGUUCCAAAGGUCCGAGCGUGAAGAGAAGCGUAGGGCGUUGGAGAAGAACAGCAACCCCUACUUGGAGCCUGAUGUCGUUGCUGGUGCGCCCGCAAGCCUCGCAUCGGCGUCCACCACUGCUGCUGCUGCUGCUGCUGCUGCCGCCGCCGCCGCUAAUAACGGUAGCGCGUCUGGUGAAGUAGAGUUGGGGCGAGCAGACAGCACUGGCUCACAGCUCCGCGGGGUUAUUAGCAACAGUUCUUCUGUUUCGUCGCAAGUGAACGCGGGGUCGGUUGGUUCUUCUGCUGGGAUCUCGGCACCUACCGCGAAUAACAAUGCGGCUGGCGCACAGAACCAGAAUCGCUUCAAGGGCAUUCGAGAUCUUGAAGAGCGAGAUAAUCUUGGAUCUGAUCGCACUGCUGGUCAGCAGCGGAAAGAGGGUCUCCUGUGGGCGCUAUCUCGUCCUGGUUCGCACAUGGAUCCGAAGGGUAUCAAUAAACAGGCAUGGCACAAGUUUUGGAUUGUUUUAGAUCAAGGAAAGCUUUCCGAGUACAGUAAUUGGAAGCAAAAACUAGACCUCCACAUGGAGCCCAUUGAUCUGCGGAUGGCUUCUGUUCGCGAAGCUAGAAAUGCGGAGCGACGCUUCUGCUUUGAAGUCAUUACGCCUCAGUACAAACGCAUAUAUCAAGCCACCUCGGAAGAGGACAUGGCAAAUUGGAUACGCUCUAUCAAUAAUGCGCUUCAGAGUGCAGUGGAAGGCCAGGGAAUGCCGCCACCCCCGCUUUCGUCCAAGAAUGAGUCUUCUAGCGGCCGUGACAUUGGCUCAGUGUUGACGGGCAAGAGCUCCUCUGUGUCUGGUCACCAUUCUUAUUCGAAUAGCUCCAGCACCACCGCCACCACUAGCGGUGUCAGUCGCCGCACUACGGUUGGAGCCCGACCUAGCUUCGUGAGAAAUGACAGCAACACUUACGAGGAGAAUCCCUCACGCUUGCUUCAGGUUGUUCGCGAGGCCGACGAAGGGAAUAACUGGUGUGCCGACUGUGGUUCCUCGUCCAAGGUUGAAUGGGUGUCCAUCAACCUUGGUAUUAUACUGUGCAUCGAGUGUAGCGGUAUCCACCGAUCUCUAGGAACUCACAUUUCCAAGAUCCGUUCGCUCACACUUGAUGUCCACUCGUUCUCCAACGAUAUUGUGGAAAUCCUCUUGCAGAUCGGUAACCGUGUCAGCAACAUGAUCUGGGAGGCCACGCUGGACCAGUCACAGAAGCCGAUUGCCAGCUCCACCCGCGAGCAACGGCUCAAGUUUAUCACGGCUAAAUACGUUGAUCGAGCACACGUCGAGCGUCUGCCGUCCCCACGAUCCCGCUUUGCAACCCCGGAUGAGACACUGCUAGCAUCUAUCAAGAAGAAUGAUAUACAAGGUGUUCUCUAUGGUAUCGCCUUGCGUGCCAACGUGAACGUGGCAGAUCGCUCCCGCAACACGCACGCCGUUUUCCUGGCCCUUGCAGCCGCCGACCCAGCCUCUCCAGGCUCCACCCCGACCACCCUCUCCGCUCGCUCGAGUGCAAAGGCCAUCCCUUUCCCUAUCGCCGAGCUGCUGGUCCAGAACGGCGCGGAGAUUCCCCCAGCACCGCCAUCCAUCCCUCUCUCCCCGGCCGCCCAACUGUACAUCAGUCAACGCACGGCCCGCACAUCUGCCUUUAGUGCUCCUGGCCUGGGUAAGCCCGCCGUCAGUGAUACCUUAGGCUCGCUACCUACCAUCCGUGCUUCUAGUAAAGAUGGACCGGUCUCGUCUGCGUCCCAGAGCUCCACUAGCUCCUUGGAUACUAAGGAGAAAGAGAAGCUCUCUAAGCGCGGGAGUGCUGGUGCCCGUUUUGCCGGGAAGGUGGCGUCUCUUGGAAUUGAUCGAUAAAAUCUCUACCUAAAUCUCACGUCAACUACCUUUCUUUCCAUCUUUCCGUUUCCCUCCUCGUCCCUCCAGAUACUCUCUCCCCCCUCUCGAUUGGCAUGAGAGGCUCUACCUUGAUCACGCCUUUUAUAUACUAUCCUAUUCACCGUCCGAAUAUAUCCUUCUAAUGAGCUUUGCAUGACCCACUCCCAUUCCCCUUUUGAUGACCUUUUUCUUCUCACGUAUAGGCAGGGGGUAAUGUUUGAGAUCAUUGAUCAUUGGUGGCCUAGCUUCUUUUCUUUUUCAAUUUCAUUUUUGUCUCUUUUGACUCCCCACCUUUUGCUAUUGCUUCUUUAUACUCUUCUCAUUUCCUUAUGGAAGAGCACAGGUAUGAGGCCGUUUACCUGGUCUCUCUAUUUUAUAUCAUGACUUUGUCUUUUUUUGUAUUCACUUUAUACUUCUUGAGAUAAUUGACUGGGAUGGUGGUCUUGGGUCUUUGACCGGACGGAUCUUCCUUGGAUUGUCUGUUCUUUUCUUGAUGCUUCUUUUCUUGGGUAUGUUGGUUUUUACACGGUUAUAGGAAGGGUUGUCCGAUGUCGGUUGUGAAUAUUCGUAUUGGCGAGUUGAUGGGGUUGGACUGAUUCUGGUCUCUGCGCUAUCUAGUUGAUGGCUUGUGAGUUUGAUUUGUCUAAAGUUUCUUACUAAAGGUUCAUUGCCGAAGGGUCUCUUCGUUUGCUAGAAGACAU